CAUUUAAAUUUUUUUUUGGAUUUUUGACUAAAUUUUCGUAAUGCGUGCUGUAUUCGUUGGCGAAAGUAUCAUAAGCAAAUGUCCAAGCAUUGUGCGUAACUACAGUCAAAGCAAGUCCAAUGAAACGUCCAACAAUCAAAAAGCUGUAACCAAAGUGCCUCCUGUUGGGAAGAAUCGUCUUAUAAAAUGGGUUUUCAAUUAUUUUAAGACUUGGGGAGAACAAUUUGAGCCUAUGCCGUCUCCUACUCCAGCUGCCACUCCUGCUGCACCUGCUGCAGCUCCUGCUCCGCUUGCUCCUCCACGACGCACUGAAGCAGAAGGCAAAUGUUGUGAAUUGCAGCAGAAGCAGCUGGUGCCAAAGAUAACAAUACGAAAUCACUCCACAAAUCCAACGUCAUGCUCAACACACCCCUUACACAUCGCAGACGCUGUCUGUCCGAUCCAGAAACUGGAGACGACUCCCAAUUCCCUUGAAGUACAAAGCCAGAAUUCCUUGCUCGCUGUUAAGAUUGAACCCGAAGCUGAAACACUUCCUCUGCAGCAAGUUCCAAUGAAUCUGCUAACAUAUCCGGUGGUGCCGCUUGAGGAGACUCUCCAUCGUUAUUUGAACAGCAUUCGUCCGUUCUUCAAGGAUGAAGCAUUCCUCAAGCAACAGGAGCAGACAAUCGACUUUCUGAACAACAUGGGUGGAGAAUUGCAGAAGCUGCUGGAGAAGGCGGGAAAAAAGGACGCCAACUGGUUGUCGGAUCGUUGGAUAACUGCGAAGUAUCUGCGACAUCGUGGACCUCUCACUGUCUUCUCGAGUCCCUGCAUCGCAUUUCCCAAACAGGAUUUUCGCAACGUCAUUGACUUUGUUCAUUUCACUGCUCAGGUCAUUUACGGAAUGUGCGAAUUUAAGAAUCUGCUGGAUAAUGAUCGAAUUCCAGUUUAUAGAAUGGGUAAAUUCGAUCUGGACAAUAGUCAAUAUCACCAGGUAUUUGGCACGGUGCGCAAACCCAAAAGAUCCUGCGAUAUUCUCGAGCAAUGCAAUUCGGAUUAUGUGAUUAUCAUACACAAUAAUAACUUCCACAAACUGCCCGUUUACAAUGCAGAGGGGCGUAUACUUAAUAUCAAUCAACUGCGAAAUGAAUUGCUAAAGAUUGUGCAAAGUUGUCAAUCAAAGGGUCCUGAGAUUGGACUGCUCACCCACGAUACGCGUGACAGUUGGGCGGAUGCCUAUGAAAUACUUUGUCGUGGGGAGAAUAAUAUCAAUGUGAUGCAGUGCAUCGAACAGUCGCUCUUCACCGUCUCCCUGGAUGAAUCGGUGAUGGUGCAUCAGAAAGGUCAGGAGCGUUCGGUGCUGGCGGGGCAACUACUACAUGGCGGUGGCUUUAAUGUGAACAGUAGCAACCGUUGGAUGGACAAGACGCUGCAGCUCAUAGUCAAUCCCAAUGGCAUGGCGGGUUUCUGCUUGGAACAUGCUCCUGCCGAUCCUCAGCCGGCUGCGACAAUCAUGGACUUUGUGCAAACGAAUAUCAUCAAUCCAGAGUACGGAAAUGAUUCAUGUCCCGUUGAGAUAUUUGAUAAGCCGCAUCCCUUAUACUUUACUGAACUGGAUGAAACCUUAGAUCUCUGGCUGGGAGCAGCAAGACGUAAUAUCAGUAAGAUCUGCAGUCGAAUUCGGUUGGAGGUCUUUAAGUUUCCAUGCUAUGGCAAAUGUCUUAUUAAAUCCCAGGGUCUAUCACCGGAUAGCUUCAUCCAGAUGGCCCUACAGCUGGCAUUCUAUCGGCUGCACAAGGAGCUUCCGGCUCAGUAUGAGUCGGCACAUCUGCGAAUCUUUAAAAGUGGUCGCACUGAAACCAUUCGAUCUAGCUCAAAUGAAUCCCUGGAUUUUGUCUGUACUAUGACCUCGGUAAACGCCUCGUUGAGGGAACGUAUAUUGGCGCUACAAUCCGCCGUCGAUUGGCAUCAGGAGCAAACAAAGUUGGCAAUGCAAGGACAAGCCGUGGAUCGACAUCUGUUUGGACUGAAGCAAAUGGCCAGGGAGCAUGCCAUUCCACUGCCGGAAUUCUUUUGCUCCCAGGGCUAUGUUAAGUCAACAAAUUUCCAAGUGCUCAGCUCACAGGUGGCGACACCACACGAUGGAUUUAUGUCGUUUGGACCACUUAGCUCCGACGGCUACGGCUGCUGUUAUAAUCCUCGCGAGAAUGACAUCAUCUUUGCCAUCUCCUCGUGGAAGCUAAAGCCCAAAAUCUGUGCCACACGCUAUGGCAAGGCCAUUGAGUUGGCCCUGGCCGAUAUGGGACAACUAUUGCUGGAAGCCGGCGGACGCAGUGUAGCACAGAAUGCAUUCGCUUGCAAGGAAGGCAAGAAAUAAUUGAUUUUAAUAUACAGAUUUUUAUUUAUAUGAAUCCUAGUGGAUGAUAAUUAUUAAAGUGGCUCAGGCAAACAACUUGUAUUA